AUGGAUACAACGCCGAUCUUUCAGUCCAGCUUUUCCAUUCGAUCUUUGCUGGCGGAUCAGAAAAAGGAGGCGUCACCCAACCACAACUACUGCGAAAAUAGUUCUGAAGAUGAGGGAAAGAUACAGAAUGCAUCUUGCACCGAAAGCAAAAGCGAUGCAAAGCCAGCUUUUACCUACAGCGCUCUGAUUGUGAUGGCGAUUUGGAGCAGUUCUGAGAAGAGGCUAACUUUGAGCGGCAUCUGCAAGUGGAUCGCAGAUAAUUUCCCCUACUAUCGGAGUCGCAAGAGCGUGUGGCAGAACUCCAUUCGCCACAACCUCAGUCUGAAUCCGUUCUUCGUUCGGGUUCCCCGAGGCUUGGAUGAUCCUGGCAGAGGUCACUACUGGGCACUCGAUCCUUAUGCCGAGGAUUUGUCCAUUGGCGAGACAACUGGACGUCUUCGCCGCACUAAUCGCAAUCAGAAUCCGAAUCACAACCAGUUGGCGAGAGGAAAGGCAGCAGGACAUCCUUAUCAAAGGAUACCGCACUAUAUUCCCACACAAAGUAUGAAGUCGUACGGAGCCUACUUUCCCGUAGUUGAUCAUCACCAUCAGGCCGUAAUGAUGCAGCACUUCCACGCCUUGUUGCACAGAAACCAGUUGAUGCAACACACCCAUCAGCACCUCAGCACUCAAUUCCAGCAGCAGCAGCAGCAGCAACAUCAGCAACAGCAACAGAAGCAUCUUUAUCUCCAUCAGAUUCAUUACUCACACCAGAAGUGA